AUGACCUCAAAACGACGAGCCGCUGCCGCAGCUUCCCCAGAUAUGAAGUUUCGUAGAACGAAACGACGAAAGGUUUCCGAUGAUGAUAUCAUUACCGAAGAGUCCAAUCGUGCGUCGUCGCAUCUGGACUCAGAGCCACCAGAGGAGCCAGAUCAAACUCCGGAGUCGCAGGCCGAGUCCGAGGCCGAGGCGGAUUUUGAAGGUGAUAGUCUUCAGACUGCACAGGACAAGAUUAUGUCCGAGCUGACACGGCUCAAAGACUCCGAUGGCGAGGAUGUUUCUUACCCGUUCAUUGGCAAACCAGAUCGGAAUAUCUACCGAGACUAUUAUGAGAUCAUUCAACAUCCCGUGUCCUUACGGAGCAUCCAAAAGAGAGUUCGCGGUACAGACAGCAGGAAGAAUUCAUCCAGGACCACCGCAUAUCCCACCUGGCAGUCAUUUGAAGAAGAGGUCAGCUAUGUAUGGCGAAAUGCUAGAGAGUACAAUGAAGAUGACAGCGAUAUCUCUAUUCUUGCGGGGUUUUUGGAGGAUCACUUCCGCCGACGGGUUGCGGAAGCCAAAAAGCUUGUUCCGGAUCCCCUUCAGGUAGAUGGAACCCCUGAGAUGCCUCGCAUCAAAUUGAAAGUGGGCACACCUGUGCCCCCAGUGGCGCAGAGGUUAACCUUGAAAAUGCCUGGACAGAGCUCCGAUACACUAUCCAAGGACGAUGGACAACCCUCAGAUGUCACAUUCAAGAACGAAUCCCAAGGCCCUAAGCAAGACAAUGCCGGAGCUGGAUUAGCACCCCAAGAAAUCACUAGAUCUCAUCGAGGAUGGUCUCAUGGGGGGCAACUUGACAGUCCCAGGUCUAGCACCACAGCCACACCAUCCGGCUCGGAGCAACAACAGAACGGUUCUAUGAGUGCCCAAGGCCUACCGAGCUCGGCAACAAACACAACCGCCGUGGCCAUGUCCACUUCGCAAAAUCCGCCCAAUGCGUCUUUUGAUGUCUCUUCGGAUGUCACCCGGCAUUCAUCUUCAGCUUCUGCCUUUGCUGACCCCUUGUUAGCCUACCAGCCGCAUCUUAAUCCAUCGCCCAUGGAUUCGCUUCUGAGGCGACCAGGCCAAGAUCCAAAGAUGGCUCUCAUUCGCAACGUUCAGAUAUCUACGCAUCCCUCUUUGUCGUUGCAACACGACUUCUGCUUAGAUAUCCCGCCUUCGUCGCUUGUUUCGCAACAGAAUAUCACAAUCCAUCUCCCUCCAUCGCACAAUGUACUGACAGUCAGGCCUCGUUUAGCGCCCAGUACUUCCCAGCGGCAGGUAAAAAUUGUUGCACUCAUGGGUAUGCAGCGUCUACAUCCAUCUGGCGAUGCCAAUACACUCUCAUAUGAUAUACAUCUGCACCCUGGCAUGACGAAGGUUGACUUGGAAGCUAUUGCUGGGCCGGCAAGAGGAGUCCCGAAAUCUGGCCCCCUGGGUCAGAUGUUGAUUAUGAACGCGUGA